AUGGCGAGGCGGGAGGGAAGCGGUUACAAAGGGAGAAUGCCAGAGUCCAGUCAUGCGUCCCACCUGAAAUUGCCUAGGAAUGAGAUGGAGUUUCACAAAGAAGACAAAGAUGGAGAUCAGAGGGAGCUUGACGAUGUUGGACAAAGCUAUCAAGGAGGGUCACAGGUGAAAUCAGGCGCUGGCGAUACCUCGACGAGAUCUAGCGAAAUCCAAACCAUGGUGAAGCUAGGGGUGGCACCAAUCAUCAAGGGCAGUGUCGGAGGAGAUGCAAGCGACGACGCCCGGCGAAGCGAGCUGCUGGGCGACACAGGUAAAGAUGGAAAAGGCAACACCUUAGGCGCAGGUGGUGCCAGGCAUGACGUGCUAGUGGGUAGCACUAAUAGAGGCAAAGAGGGCGAUGCCUUGGGCAUAGGAGGUGCCAAGCAUGACAAGCUAGUGGCAGCGCCAACAGAGACGAAGAGGACGACGCCCUAA